AUACACUUGCUUUACACAUCGUCUAAUACAACAUGGACAGAUUCUAUCCACUCCCAACCAAUCAAAAGGUGGUUUUCUUCUUCAACUCAGCUGCUGCUACAUUAUGGUUCUGCUGUCUAUUGAGAUUCUUACUAUUAUUGCCAUUGGUAGGCAGGAGGUUCCUACCUGGAGGGAUCGCGGAUUUCUUCCAAGUAGUGGCACUCCUACCAUUGAUUGGGUUCCUACUAGUUAAACCACUAUUAAACAAAAAGAUCUCCUUGUCCAAUCUCUGGGCAUUGCUGAAUGACUUGAAGAUGGCAUGGAUCUGCUACGGUGUAAUAUUCCCCCACCCUAAAAUCGCUAAACACACUUCGUACUCCAUAUUGAUAUCCGCAUGGUGUGUUCAAUACUUUAUCCAUUACAGUUAUCAUGCAUUCAGGAUCAAGACCAAGAGCUCGCCCCACUUCUUGUUUUGGCUCCAAUAUCACAACUUCUAUGUGAUUUACCCAAUGGCACUUGUCGCAGAAAUGAUUCUUACUUUCUUGAGUUUAGGGUUUGUGCAAGAGAACCUGAUUCAUGAAAUUGCCCUCAAGGCUACAUUAUUGAGUUAUAUACCCGUAGCGUACUUUGCUUGGGGUCAUUUACAAGCAAGAAAGAAGAACAAGUAUAUUGAAGUGAUGAACAAGCGAAGGGAAUCAGCCAUGAAGACUGCACCAAGUGCAGAAAUAGCAACAACCUCAGGUUUAUCCCCAAAUACUCAAUCUACUGAAUUGAGGGAAAUCAACUAGGUGUAAAUGUGUAUUAUAUAGGGUACGUGUAAAAUUAGGCAUGCUAUAGAAAAUAAUGUAUGGAACUAAAAACUUUUGUUAGUGCUCAGUUUUACUCGGCAGACAAUUGGAAAAAAUUUUGAGACUAUCAACCUUUUACCUAUUCUUAGAAGUAAUUGGCACAGCAAGCACAGCAAGCACAGCAAUGAUCACAAAAUAUUUCGCCAAUGUGGUGGUCAAAUUCGAUGCCUUUGGAGUAGGUGCCAGAAAUGCCAGAAUUUUCCUUUCUCAAGUCCCAACUACCGCCAAAAUAGACUGUAAAGUUUUGGCACCAAAUUCUCAAGAUGAACAACAAAUCAAAGUCACAUUCAAAGACAAACACGUCAUGUCUAUCGAUCCUUGUAACACAAGCAUAAACCAGAUGAAGGAGUAUUUCGAUGCUCAUUCCAGAAAAAUGGCUAUUGAAGCUUCCAUUAGAGAAUAGGUUUACCAUUUACAUGUACAUAGAUUAAUAUAUUGUUUAUUUUUGCAGAAUUACAAACGUUUGGAACCACUCAGGUACUGUCAGAUUGAAUAUCAUGGCAGAUUCUUCUUUAUCUACUUUGGUGAGGCUCAAGUACGAAUCCAUUAAUUCGUCCUCUCUGUCGAAUGACAACCGGUAGACAGUUGCCUCAUCUUGAUUCUUAAGGUUCUUCUCUUGAAACACUAGCCAUUGGAUCACUAACUGAUACCACCUAAAUAUCCCCUUGGUAUUUAUGGCACACCCAUGUUUAAGAAAUAUGGGGUCAUUAUUGACAAUAUUUGCAACCUCACCAAUUUUAAAUGUCUUUAUGGAUGCUAAUUUAAAGUCCAAUGUUCGGUAUCCCAUCACAAGAUGUUGACAACCAACUAACUUGUUU